CAGCUGAGAAAGCGGGCCGUCCCAGGAUUCAGCCGGUGAGCAGGGUCGCCGUUCAUGUAAAGCCACUCCGGACUGGAAAGCCAAAUUCUCUGCAAUAAAAAGGAUCCGAUUCUACUUUAUCUGUAUCAUCUUAAAGACUUCUCAGAUGGCUGUGCCUAUAAAUCCCAUGGAUGAGCCCAGGUUGUACCAGCAGACUCUCCUCCAGGAUGGCCUGUAUGAUUUGCUGGAGAACGACAAGCUGGUGGACUGCGUCCUGAAGAUCAAAGACAAGGAGUUCCCUUGUCACCGGCUGGUGCUGUGCGCCUGCAGCUCAUACUUCCGGUCCAUCUUUUUGUCUGACCUGGAUGAAAGCAAAAAGAGAGAAAUCGUGCUGGAGGACGUCGAGCCCGGUGUCAUCGGUCUGAUCCUCAAGUACCUGUACACCUCCAAGAUCAACGUCACAGAGCAGAACGUCCAGGACAUCUUUGCCGUUGCCAACAUGUACCAGAUCCCUUCCAUUUUCACUGUUUGCGUGUCUUUCUUGCAAAAGCGCCUCAGCCUCAGCAAUUGCCUGGCCAUCUUCAGGCUCGGUUUGAUGCUGGACUGCCCCAGGCUGGCCGUCUCCGCCCGGAACUAUGCCUGCGAGCGUUUCCAGCUCAUCUCCAAAGACGAAGACUUCCUCCAGCUUAACGCGACCGAGGUGGCAGCCAUUUUGACGAAUGACAACUUGAACGUGGAGACGGAGGAGGUUGUUUUCGAGGCUCUGAUGCGAUGGGUGUGCCGGGACACCGAGGGCAGAGAGAAGGAACUCCCCGAUUUGCUGGACUGUGUUCGUCUGCGUCUCGUCACGGACGAUUACCUGAAAGAAAAGGUGGAGAAACACCAUCUCAUCUCUGCUAAUCCAGAGCUUCAGCAGAAGCUGAAGCUGGUCAAGGAUGCUCGAGGGGGGAAAAUGCCAGAGAUUAAAAAGAGCAAAACAGAAGAGGGAGGGGCAGCGAAAGAUGGAGAAACUGAAGACAAAGAGGACGAAGAAAAUCUUCUACCGGCUAUUCUAAAUGAUAACCUGCGAUUUGGGAUGUUUGCCAAGGACCUAAUACUGAUGGUGAACGACACCGGCGCCGUGGGGUACGACCCGUCAGGCAACGACUGCUUCAUGGCGUCGGUUUCCACGCAGGUUCCCAAGAACCACGUCAGCCUGGUCACCAAGGAGAACCAGAUCUUUGUGAUUGGAGGAUUAUUUGUUGAUGAAGAGAACAAGGAGGACCCUCUGUGCUCCUACUUCCUGCAGUAUGACCCUGUUAGUACCGACUGGCUCGGGAUGCCUCCCCUCCCGACUCCGAGGUUCUUGUUUGGGAUGGCCGAAGGUGAGAACUCCAUCUUCGUUCUGGGAGGGAAGGAACUGAAAGAUAACGAGGGCACACUGGAUACAGUUUUGGUCUAUGACAGGCAAUCGUUCAAAUGGGGUGAGUCUGAGUCAAUUCCUUACCCGGUUUAUGGACAUUCAGCCGUAUCACACAAAGAUGUUGUGUAUGUCAUAGGAGGGAAGGGAGACAACAAGAGCUGUCUGAAGAGGAUGUGUUCAUAUGAUGUCAAGAGGUUUGAAUGGAAAGAGCUCGCCCCAAUGAAGACGGCACGCUCCUUAUUCGGAGCCACUCUUCAUCAAGACAAAAUAUAUGUAGCGGGAGGAGUGACCGACGACGGCCUGACCGACACAGUGGAGGCGUACGACGUCGCUACCAACACGUGGUCAGAUUUUGAGCCGUUUCCUCAGGAGCGAAGCUCUCCAAGUCUUGUAUCUUUGGCUGGUUCUCUCUACGCUGUGGGAGGUUUUGCCAUGAUGCCUUUAGAAGACAGUGAUGAAAUCCUUCCCAAAGAGACGAAUGACAUUUGGAGGUACAAUGAGACGGAGAGGAAGUGGAACGGGAUUCUCAGAGAAAUUCAGUAUGCCUCUGGGGCCACAGUGCUGGGGGUCCGCUUGAACACCCUGCGUCUCACCAAGAUGUGAAGCUCUCCACAGUUCCUGAAUCCCAAUGGAAAUUGACUUGGAAAUAAUUGCACCGUUUUUACACUUUUCCGGGGCACACUCAUUUUCAAAGACAUUAGGAUUUAAUGAAAGAUUGGUAGUAACGUGUUCAUUUGAUUUUUUCACACAGAGUUGGGGCUUUUCUAAUCAGCACUGUGGUAUAAUAAUGAUUGUUUUUUUUUUCCUGCAAUGAAAUUUUCGUAUGCGUUUCUGCAAGUAAUGGACAGUUAAAUGACAUUUAUAUCAGCAGAAUCUACAUUGUUUCACUGAACUGAAUAAAAAUGAUACAACCAGGCUAAAGCCUUCCUUGACACAUAUGUUUACUGCCCAACAGAGGGCAGCAAAGUCAAAAUUCCUGCUUCUUUCAACAAGCAAUAAAACACAAUACACAGACAAGUAUGCAUAAAAACAAACGCAAGACAUGCAGAUAUUCAAUAAUAUCUAUAUUGUUUAAUAUUGAAAUGAUUUCAUAAUGCUCUACUGUGUUACAGACAGUUAACACUUGUCAAUAUUACAAUAAAAGGAACAAAAAAAAAAAAAAACAGCCUACCGUCUUUAGCACCUCUAGACUCUAAUGUCCUUGUACAGUUUUUGUGUUAUUAUAGCUGAAUGGGACGACUACUGUCUACACAUGGGUUGUGAAUACCAGAAUCACCCAAUACAUAUUGUACUGUUAACAUUAUAGAGCAGAGAAUCACCAAUUAAUAAUACAUUUCAUGAUUUCUCAAUGCUGUGGUAGCAAUAAGUACUGGAAAUACACUUGAGGGUAUAUAUAGAUUUAAAUAUGGUGGUAUUGGCUGAGGGGCAAUGAGGGGUUUGGAUGAGAUAUACAAUCUUAAAGCAGCUAAUCAAAGGUUCUCAUGUAAAAAAAAAAAAAAAUUGUAGUUGUCAAAGGAGCUCCAAAGCUGACAAAACUAAAUCUCUUCUCUCUUUUUGAACAUGAUCCCCAAAAUCAUGCUGCUAUGUAUUUUGAGGUUGAUCAGGCCUAUUAGAAAGUAGGAAAGUGUCUCAUCCUAGCAGAUUAAUGACAAAACAUAAGUAUAAAAAGCUAUUAAAACAUUACAAGUACUGUCCAGCUGUAUCCUUCUGAACUGCUGCAGCGCUAACAUUAGCACUGCUGUCAACAUUUCAGCUAAGACGCUAAUGAACAAAAUUAGCAUUUACCACUGCUGACUUUCAGGGGUGUUUAGCUAGAUUUAAGUGCACAAUCACAUUAAAACUAAGGCUUUGUUUUUAUUAUUUUGCCAUUUACCUCAUUUUAGUUUUGUUUCUACCAAUCAUUGGGAAAUUACAACAGAAAUUAUAUGUAUAAUUAGUAAAUUUUGAUUGUGAUUCUAAAUGAUGUCAAAUCAAAUUAGCAUAUUUUUUCCCUUUUAAUCUACAUGUAGUAUUAAAGUAAUUUUAAUAUGCAUAAUUUUGCCUCUUCACUAAUUUAAUUCUAAAUAUUCUUUAUUAUAACAGAAGUCAAUCUUCUGCUAUAAUUGAAUAGUAUAAUUUUAAUUAUAAUACAAGACUAAUUUCUAUAUUAUGAAUAGUAUAUGAGAACUAUAAAUAUGAUAGGUUAAGGCAGACAAACAGCAAACAUACAAAUUAUUACGUUUGUGUAAUAUCUUUCUUAAUUCAAUAGCCAACUUGGUUUAGUCAGUUUUGAGGCUCCAAAUAUUUGAACAAAUAUAGAGGAAACAGUCAUUUAAAAAAAAAUAAAAAAUGUGCAUAAACACAGAAAAAAGACGAGCAAACAGACCACAAUAAACCACUAAAUUCUUUCAUACAAUACUUUUUCUUCAACAUCCAACAAGAGUUUUCGUAUUGACUUUAGAUGCGGCCCUUUUCUAAGCAAGACCACAAAAUCAAAUAGUUUUUGGACACAUUUUUUUAGCAGCUGACCCAGGCACUGGUCAUUUCCCCCCAUCUUUGUUUAGUAGUUUUGAUUGUUCAUUCCCAUUUUUCUGGGUAACAUGAUAUCGCUGCCAUGAGAUGUUUCAUACCAACCAUGUGCAUUUAUAUGAUAUUUUGAUAUUGUGAUAUUUUGUUCCCGUAUUAAAUCUGGUAACAUUUUCUAAAUUCUUCCUACGGUCUUAUGUAAGAAGAAGCUAUUUUAUGACUUUACUAGGAAAAAUAUCCAUCAUUAAUAGGUCAAUUAUAAUUAUUUUGGUCUUUAUUUAUUGGCAUUACCUUGACCAACUGGGGUUGGUCAAGGUAAUGUUUACAGGCAGAAAUUUGUUUACAGGCAGAAAACAGGAAACCAUACAAAAUGGAGGAACAAAUCAGUGAAAGGGGAAAAUGACCCAGAGCUGCAAAAUCCAAAGCACAUAAAAAAAAACAACAUUUCAUGGGUAGUUUUAACACAAAACAAGACAAACUCCCUCCAAAAACACAUUUACAAUGUGCCUCCUUUUCUCUUCAUCCCAGCUUUCACCCCAAAAUAAAUGGAAGCAAAAGCCCUCAAUUCUGACGAAGGAUGCAACAGUUGCAUAAUUUCCUAAACAUUUUGGUAUUUGUGUUUACUUUUAAUGCUCUUGUGAGAGAAAUGUCAAAAGUAAACUGCAACAACACCAAGUUCGAUGAUGUAUUUAUGUCGCAGGUUGUGUUGAGCUAAUGUUGAACCACUAAAAAGAACAAACAGUAAAAGAGCAAGAAGUAUUUCUUUGAUUUCUUUUCCAUAUUUGAUGGCUCGGGGGACGGGGUUUCCAGCCCUAGUCCUUGAGAUCGACCAUCGUGUAUUUUUUAGAUGCAACCCUGCUCAAACACCUACAUCAAAUUCUUAAAUUACCUCUUAAGCAUGUCAUCACGUUUGGCAAUGACCUGGUAAUGAGCCAUUCAUUUGAUUCAUGUGUGUUGGACAAAGGUUGAAUCUAAAACCAGCAGAAUAGUAGAUCUCUAUAGG